AUGUCUUCUCCAGGUCACGGGAAAGGCAAAAAUAAACGAAAAUCUAAGGGUCGAGGUUCUGGAGGCGGACGAGGAAGAGGAAGAGGACAAGAGCCGUUGUCUACUCCAGGAAGAAGCGAAGGUGCAUCAAAACCUCCUGAUGAAAGGGAAGAAAUUGCUCACCAGUUUGCUGAAGGAGAGGAGAAACCAGUGGCAAGUGCAAGUUCUCCUGCGUCAAAAGCAGAAGAAACACUUGGGGCUUGUUCAUCUGUUUCAGAAACAAAGAAUCCAUCGCGAUCUUCAGCCGACCAAAAGCCAGAUGUAAGAGGUCCUUGUGCAAAAGAGCCUUCAUCAGACAAAAGCAUACCGUCGACAGAAGCAACACAGGGAAAAUCAAGGCAGCAGCAGCCCAAACAAUCUAAGGGAAAGUCACAUGUAUCUUCUUCUCCGCCAGACACUAAAGGUAUUACAAAAUACAUGCCCUCGGUCAUGAUUUACUUUGCUAGUUGAGUGUCCUACAUUUUGGUAUUUUGGCCGAGUGGUCAUAAGGAGUUUUAGUGACAGUAUAUUAUAUGGCUAAACUUCAGACUACCCCGCCACUGAAAUAUUCCACAACAACUCUUGCUAGCAUAAUAUGGUCCGUGGUCGACUCCGCGGUCCACAGUGUUAACUAAGGCCUGGUUCAGACGCCGUACUUUUCAUGUGCCGAACCUAACUGAAUAAGUUCGACUUUGGAGUGACACUGGCGCGACAUCUGAUUCAGACAGCAUACCGUGUGUCGAACCUAAGUUAAGUUCGACAAAAGUUUGACCGACUCUGUUGAACUUAACGCUUUUGCUGCACCAAACUAAACCUGCCGUACCAAAUUGAUUCAGACGCUGCUCUUUUGCCGUACUUAAUUCAUCAGUUAGGUUUGGCACAUGAGUGGAGCGGCGUCUGAACCAGGCCUAAGCCAGUUUAAAAUAAAGCAGCCAUUCUACCAAAUUGAAAUAGCGUGGCGCACAGAUGACAUCACAAAAACGUGACCCAUACCGAGACUCAGACAAAUAUGGGCCAUUUCUGCAAAAGCUCGCAAGAGCGCUGUAUGAAAACACACAGUUUGCUAUCAGUUCUGCUUGCCCUUUUAGCAUUUUUAGGAGCGUUCCAGUUUCGAAAUUCAACAAAGGUCCAUGGGAAUAUAAUGUAGAACAAAUCAAAACAUAGCUUAAGUACAAAGGAUUGAAACAGAGUGGAAAGUGAAAGGACUUUUAAAUGCUGUGUUUCGAUACCUUAUUGCAGCCGGUAAAUAUUUUCAAAGAACAAGAUACCCAGCAGUCUGAUAUUCAUGUCCAAUUAUUUUUCAAGAAUUCUCAUUGAAUUCUUUUAAGAAAAUUUGAUAUUUGUUUAGAAAUUUUGAUUUCUGUGCGCCAAAGUAGAAACACUCGUAGUCAUACCAGAUAUUCAAUUUUUUAAGUUCAGAUUUUCGUGAAAAACUGAGAGACUGUAGUAAUAUUUCAGACUGCCGGGCUAGUGUAAUAAUAAUCUGAUAACCGUCCCCGCGAUUCAAGAUUCAAAUAUGCCAAAGCUUGGAGAAUUUGUCCACUACAAGACCAAACCUGUUUUCAGAAUUGCUUGGCAUUUGCCAACAAACAUCAAAUGCUCCAGAGAGGUUUUGAUGAUAAUUUUUCUGAAUAUCCUUUUAUACACCUUUAAAUGACCCAGUGUGUCACGCCGGUGAAGUGUUGAAAACAUUGAGAUUUCACCAUAUGCCCAAGGUCGACAAUUGAGUCUGGCUUCAAACCCAAGGCAAUGUUUGAAAUCACUUGAGAUUUCUAAAGAAACAUUUUGUUUUCAGAAGAAUUAAAUCUCCAUCAGAAUUUGUGAAAAACGAUUAAAUUUCAGACUGUCCAGUAUCUAAAACCCAUUUUCUGGCAGCCUGGUCACUCCAUAGAACAUGGCGUACUUCACUUUCUUUCUGGAUUUCUCGUAUUUAUUUAGCAACUCAGACCACUUUUUCAGGGAUCCUUGAGUCCCUCUUACACUCUUCCCAGCUGUAACACUUACUUUUUACCAUUUUCCGAUAAAAAUAUGGGAAAAAAAAAACAUUGUUUUGACUCAAUACUCAGCAAAAGUGCAUACAAAGCCUUUGGGAGAGAAGCAAAGUUUGUCUGAGUCAUGCGGCGGGUCUCAUCUGAUGUAAACUAUUUUUAGAAUCUGUGCACAGUGCUAUUUACCAUAUGAACAUAUGAACCAAGGUAGCAGUUCAGUGUACAUUUACACACCUAAGGUGCAUUCCGUUUGGAUGUUCCGGAUCAGGAUCAGUGAUCCAAGUUCACUCAGAUCAUAGCACAUCAAAGGAACCAAUUAAUUCAACCUGGGAAAGGAUUGAUCCGUUUAUUUGAUGUACCAUGAUCCAAGAGAUCUCAGAUCACUGAUCCUGAUCCGGAUUAUCCCAAGGGAAUGCACUCUUAGUUAAUUUCAACCCCCCCCCCCCCCCCCCCCCACCCCUGGACGCCGUCUGCCACAAGUUUAACAACUUUAUACUACUCUCACAAUCUCUUUUUUUUCCCACUUAUUUUUUUUUGUCUAAAUAUCCCAAGGGAAUGCACUCUUAGUUAAUUUCAACCCCCCCCCCCUCCCCCAGAGGACUAUGGACUGCAGUAGCAGUAAGUUUACACACUUUAUACUCAAUUCAAGUUCUCUAAUUUCACCAAUUUCUUUUUGACUGACUGUGGACCAUGGUAGCAGUACAUUUAACACUUUUUUUCACAUUUUCUACUAUUAAAAUUAAUAUAUUAUUAUGACCUUAACAAUUUAUUCAAAAGACUAAUAACAUUUAAGUUGCAAUAUUGAUACUUUUAGAAUUUACAGCUAUUCAGUAAAAUUGUUUUAAAAAAUAUUGACCUACUCUCUAAAAAGAUAUGUUUUCAGUCCUAAUGGUUGUGCAUUCCACAGUUUAGGGAAGUUAGUAAGUUUUUGUGCGAGUUCUAGGUUGUUCUAGCAGCUGCUAUUAUAAAGAUGUGGACCGUAAGUUCCAUGAGUGCAUUUGUUAGCUAAGUCUGUCCUCUAGAAAGGCUAGGUGAAAGGUUAUUGAGUGAUUUGAAAGCUAACGAAAGAAGUUAAACAACAAUACAAAAACUAGCAAGAAGCCAACCAGGGUCAAAUAAAACAGGCAUGCGUUCAAAUUUAUGAGUCUGAGUAAUGAUUGUGGCGUUGACACUGAUACAGACACUGAUACGUUGAUGAAUCAGUGUCCUAUACAUAAACAGUCUUUGAAUAUUUAACAGUCAGGUUUCACAGGGAUCACACUCUGACAUUGCCAUAAAAUGGCAUCCAUUGCUCAAACUUCAAUAUUAUACUUUGAAGGGAUAAAAAAAACAGUGUUAGCAAAGCCUCCUUUUGGCUCAGAUCUGAUAAAACUCUGUUCAUGCAUAAUAUAAUAGAUAUUCAAGCAUUAAUGAUCACUUUUCAGUCAAUUCUACCACACUGCACCUACAUUCUUGCGUAUAAAUACAUGUAUAUGUAUUACCAGAUUCGUUGGGGUGCACGCAAGCAUUUCAUAUUCUGUCCUCCCCCUCCCCUCCUCAACCCUCUUUUCCACUCUCAUUCCACUUUUCUCGACAAACUCGUUUGGAAAUGCUUGCUACAUGUAUGCAGGCUAAAUUCUUUCUUGAUCCAUGGUUAUACAAUUUUCUUUUAGAUAAAGCUGGACUACCACAGGCCCAAGCAGCUGUAGGAGCCAGUGCUUCUGCAACUGACCCAGACGUGAAAAAAUUGGCAACCAAGUUGGGAUAUGGAUUAAGUACUGGAGGUAGGUAAUGGAAAUAAUACUUUUUCAUCAACUGUCAUGGAAAAACAUACAAAAAAGUGAAAGUAGUCAGUAAAAGCAGGCAAUAGUUAUUUCAGACAGGCUUUACCAGAACAUAAAAGGCUAGCUACUUAAUAUACAAGUCAGGUGUAAGUACCUGAUUAGAGUUCUUGUUAUAUUUGUUAUUAUAAUGUAGAUUUUACAUCUAAGAACUCCAUUGCAUGACUGAGACCUAUUAUCAGACAAAUUACUCAACUAAUGUACAGUCAAACCUCCACAUGGGACCAUCCAGGGCCCGAAAUAAUUUCUGGAGAGUCUCUGGACACAACAACUGGCCAAAUCAUUUUAGAUCGGUCAUGUAUCUUUUUUUCUGGCCAGUCAAAUUUACAAGAUAAAUAACUCUUAAAACAGGAACCCAUGAACAGGAACCUAGUCAUUGCUUAGAGCUUAUAGCACUUUAAAGCACUCAUUGUCAACAAUAAAAAUAAAUUACAGUCACUGUGGCAAUGAAAAUAAGCUUAUGUGUAUUCAGAGGACUCCCGUACGAAACUUGCAGUGCUAUACAGCGCCACAAAAUCGCUUCAAAAUAGCUGUACAGCUAAAUUACAGCUGUUUAGCAGCAUUUUAGAAGCCAAAUAGCAGCUUAAUUCAAGUUGCAGCGGGAUGCAAAAGCGCUGUGCAGCCUUUGAAGCUCUUGGCAGCAGUUUUGCAUCGCAGUUGCCGACUUUAAAAUGCUGCGAAGUAGCUGCAGUAACGCUACAAUUCAGCUUUGGUCGAUCUGAUAGCGCAAUGUUCUUGAGCGUCAGUAACAUGAAUCGCCAGAAAAGCCUUACCAUGUAUCAUGAUUAUUGUAUUAUUGAAGUCUGCAUUUCUUUUUUUUGUACUAACGAGUGGUAGGCCAUUACAGGUAACAACAUUCUUUGUCUUUUCGAAGCCACUUUGCAGCCACUUUGCAGCGCAGAUCGUGAUUCCAGAAUUUUCUGCACCACUGCAAAAGCGCCGUUUAUCACUGUCGAAGGGCUUUUCACUGCAGCGCGAAACAGCCAAAAUUUGCUACUGCUGCAGCCAGCCCUUUUACAGCUCUUUUGUAGCGCUUCUUGAAGUCAUUCUGCAGCGCUGCAGCAGCGCUGCUCGUUUUGUACGGGGUACACUGUCUGUAACAUGUCAAAUAUCAUUAUCAUGUACAAUUAAAUUUGUCUGGCGCCUCCAAAUAUACAGUGUAUUGAUUUUUAGUGUGCGUAUCACUGUGUGAGAUCUUUAUCCUAAAACUGGCCAGUAAUCCAUGUUACGCCCAUUACUUAAAGAACUGAACCGCAUGGAAAUUUUAAUUUAUUUCAUUUUCAAUAUGAUCGAAUGUGACCAGUCAACAUGACUGGUAAGACGAAAGGUUGACCUGUCAACUCCCCAAUCAGUCCAGACAGUUUCCGUUGACUGGCCAUUAUUUCAAGCUCUGCCACCUCUAAACCACCGCCCAUAAGCAAGCAAUGUCCUAUCCAAAACUCCAAAACUUUCCCAGUCAGUUGGAAUCUCUUGUAAACAACCCCUUUCUGUAAGCGUCCACAAGCACUUUUUGGGGCUAAUGGUUUAAUAAUUUUUCUGUUGUUUAAACCUCUUGUAAGUGACCACUUGUCGAUGCUGAUCUCUGUGUUUGCUGUUUGUACUAAUGCUACUUAAAUAAGUAAGAUUCGUAGCAAAAAACAUGGAACUACAGUAUACGUGUCAAUAAAACUUUAAAACUUUACAUGCAAUAGUCUGUCUUCCAUAAAAUAGAUGUGUUCAGACAAUUUCUUGGGAGAGAUCAACCCCUGUGGUUCUCUUCUCAUACGCGACCACCUCCGUGAGUAACCACUAAGUCUUUGUAACCACAAUGGUCGUAAUAGGAGGUUGCAUUGGACUGUAUUUGAAACAAGAGUAAAAGGGAUGUUGAAAAAAUGUAGCAGUUAUUUCCUUUACUGACCCAUUGUCAAUAUUUUAUUUAUGGGUUAUUAACAAUGAUUGGUUUGCAGUGGCUACACUGUAGCUGUUUGCACUUUUGUUUGAAUUAAUCCCUCACGAUCUAUCCUCUCUCUUGCCGAAGAAGACCACUUAUGCUUACAGUGUACAUGACUUGUUCAAUACAUGUAGUUUGACAUACGUUUCUAAUUUUGCUCAGAACACACAGCUCGCCAAAUGCAGCAAAAUGGUAACCUUCGCCCUCCAAAAAGACCUGGUUAUGGUACUCUGGGCAGACCAAUAAAGUUAAGAGCCAACUUUUUCCGCAUGAACAUUUCACCAAGGCUGUCAGAUCUUUAUCACUACCAUGUUGAAAUAACACCAGACAAGUGCCCUCGGGUAGUGAAAAGAGAUGUUGUUAAUGAGAUUAUCAUCAAGUAUCAAAGUACUGUGUUUCAAGGCCACAAGCCAGCAUUUGAUGGAGAGGUGAACCUCUACAGUAGGAUAAAGCUUCCUACUCCAGUGAGUGAAUCGAUUUUUGAAUCUACUGAUUUUCUCUACACCGUCCCAGGGGUUUUAAUAAAUUAAAAACUGAAGUACAGCCAGCAGGUUUGAAUAGACUGUAUCAAAAAGGGGCAUUAAUUUUAUUCCCCUUAUCUUCAAAGUAGAGUUUUGGGGUUGGCUCCCCCAGAAAAUUAAUUUUUGAAAUUUUUGUAAGCCGUAAAAUGCGAUUUUCAGUGUUCUGUGCACUAAAUUGAGUAAAGUAGGAUAUGGGAAGAUUUCCUAUCAACAGUAGUGAUUAGUAUGCUGAUACAUUUCCUGGAAAACAAUGAAUAUGAACAGAAUCUCUGUGAGUAUGAUUAAUUAGUAGCUCUCUGAACUUCAUGCAAAUGUUGUAUUGUCAAAAACUAAACAGUUUCUUUUUUUUUUCAGUUUUACGACUGCUUUAAUUAAAGUUUUGUCAGAAUCUUUGUUUAAUUUUAUACUUCAUUACCCGCGUCAAUAAGGGGGACACUAGCAUACUGGCCGACAGGUUUCGCUGGUUAUCGGUGCUUAUUGAAGUCCCUGCUGUCUAAUGUUCCCUUAGUAUACACUGUAUCAUAUUAAUGUAACUUUUGUGUACCACACCAUGGUAAGAGUGAAUAAUUAUUAAUUAAUUUUACUCAUUCACACUUUUCUAUAAAAUUUUGUCUUUUUGCCCAGGCUGAACUUGAUGUAACUCUGCCUGGCGCGGAUGGUGGAAGGGACAGAGUAUUUAAGGUUGGUGUGUAGGCUUACAGCUGUAGGUACAACAGCUACAAGGAGGGUUUUCGGACAUUGCUCUACCAGAAGCUUAAUAAAAAGUGUUAACUUCAUGUUUGAUAACUAAUUAUCAAGGCCAUUAGAAGAGUAUACAGUAUUUACAACUAAAAGUGAUACAAACUAGAGAGCUUUAGAUUCGGGGACGUCUAGGACGACUGCGAGGAUGACAUUUAAUUUUAAGUUUUCUUGCCUAGUAUUCUCGUGUCUCGCCUACACUGGAUUCUCUAAAACAUCGUGGACACCUCAGAAAGCAUCAUUGCCGGAGUACUUUUUUUCACCACGAAAGUUGGUUUGUUUAUUUCCGUUGAAGGAGGUAUACUAUAGCCCUCUCCCGAUCGCUAUAUGAUAAAAUUCCUAUGAUAAUUUGUUUUCACCACCAUGGCUUUGUUGCUAAAACUCAUAGUACAGCGUAGAAUGACAACGGCUACCACGUUUUGCCACCAGAAUGAAGCUGGUUCAUGCGCGUGCACUACUUAGUACUGGGAAAAUCUCGUACUCAUAUUGGUCCUCGUCUCAGAAUCUAAAGGUCUCUUAAAAAUUAAGUUUACAAUGCAGGAGACCCACUCUUACUGACACGAUAGUUAUUAAAUUUCUAGAAGCAUUUAAAUUCCCUUAGGUCUUUUAAUAUUGACUUAUUAUUGAAGAAAAAUUUGGGUUUUACAAUUUUAAUAAAGAAGUCUAGUUAAUUCGGGUCCAGGCAAUUAAUUGCAGAGGUUUGAUUGACCCUCAAUGAUCUGUAUUGUAAAACAGUAGGGACGAUCAGUACGGGUGACUUUAUUUGUCUUUUCCAGGUUAAGAUCCAGUUUGCAGCAUCAGUCAGUAUUGAAUCUUUAAGAAAAUUCCUUAUGGGACAACAGAAUGGAAAAUCAGCCCAAGAUGCUGUGCAGGCACUGGACAUUGUUAUGCGACAGAUACCUUCAAACCAUUUUACACCUGUUGGUCGAUCAUUCUUUCCUCUUGAUGGUUAUGGUGCAAAAGACCUAGGGGAAGGGUGUGAAGUGCAGUUUGGUUUUUACCAGAGUAUAAGACCCUCACAAUGGAAGGCAAUGCUGGUUAACAUUGAUGGUAAGAUCUUACAUGUAGACUAAUACCUUGCAGUUAUAAGCACUUGGCUGCUACAUGUAGUUGCACUUACAAUAGUUAUAAUGAUUCCCAUAAAUAUACACUGUUUUAAGCAAAAGAUUAUUUUUAAGUAAUUAAUAUUAGCCUUAAAAGAUUGCAUAGACUUUGGGAUGCCAUCAGUAGUUUCCCCACAAAAUUUACAUCUGUGGAACAAGCAUGAUACUGAUGAUGUGUCAAUACCAGUGGUGAAGUCCCUUGUUGUUUAAUUAAAUCGAAUUAGCAGCUCCAGAUAAUAAACUUGCUUACUUCUUCCCGAGGGCGUUGCUUAUUUAAAGGCACUGACUGUAUUAAUUUUGAAAAAGCUUUUGAUAUUAUUUGGUAAAAAAGGAUGAUUUCUUCCUCUUUACAUGUACACUACACUGCACCUUUGCAUUUCAGUUUCUGCCAAGGGCUUUUAUAAGAGUCAAGGUGUCGUUGAAUUUGUUAGUGAAACCCUGCAGCUAUUGCCCCAUCAACUUGAAGACCCCAGGUGUCAGAUUGACAGAUGGAAGCUUGAGAAGGCUAUACGUGGUAAUAAGGAGGUUUUUGUAUUUAACUUGAUCAUUAGUUAGACUAAUUACCCUCUCACCUUCAGAAGUGUCCUAAGUCACUUAAAAUUCAUGAGAAAUACUAAGUAUUGUCUCAUAACACACUCAAAAACAAUAAAUAGUAACAGGUGACAGUACAGUGUAUGCAUGGUCAAAGAAGUUUGAUUUGAAUGUCCACACAUUAAAGGUUUCAUCCACAUGACUGCAUUAAUUUUGUGUCUGGCUCCAUAACUGACAUAGGAAUAGUCAAUGACUGAAGCCAUAUCUGGUAGACUGUUAAUGGAACUUAAAUGCCAAUGCAACAUUAUCAUUUUCUUUAUUUUAGUUUUUUAACCUCAUAUUGACAAUCGCAUCAAAAUACAGUACAUAACAUUGCAAAUCGGUGAGCAUUUUUUGAGUAUAACAGAACUUUUAAGCUCUAAAUUUUAAAGUACAGUUCAGAUAAGAGAUGCUUCAGGGGAGUAAGCUAAAAAAAACCUAUGGGAAGACAUGGACAUUUUUCUGAACCAUCGGAUAAUGCAAUUCUAGAGCUCUGAUUGGCUUUAUCUGCUGCACAGCUGUCUUUAGUGUCGUCACGCAACGCUCCUCUCCACAUUUGUUGUGUGAUGACACUAAAAACGGCUGUGUAGCAGACUGAUUGGCUUAGCCAUUAUGGUACACUGUAUAUCAGCCAUUAUUCAUUGUACCAAUGCCAUGCUCUCCAAAAAUGGUAACUGUAUGUGUCUGCCCAAAAUUAAAAACAAGCUGAAAAUCGGUUAUUUUUAAAAAAUUUAAUAAAGUCGGGAAGAAUUCUUGAUAUUUUGUGGGGGGUUUUAAUAAAACAAUUAUCCCACUUGCGCUUGUUGGAUAUGAGAUGAUUAUAGCCUACUUGCACUUGUGGAAUAUUUGUUAAAUAUUCACUAAUCUGAAGAUCGUUGCAUCGUCUUUUUCAUGGUAGGUUUACGUGUGCAAACCACUCAUGUGGCCUCAAUAAAAAGAAAGUAUACAGUUUGGGGGGUGUCCAGCCAGUCUGCAGAGAGGCGAGAAUUUGACGUGGAGGAUGAAACUACUGGCCGCCGUACAAAAACAAAUGUAGCAGCUUAUUUCAGGGAAAGAUAUAACAUACGGCUGAGGUAUGCUAAUUCUUUCUAUCAGGUAGAGAGUACACUACCCUUUCCCAUGAGUUGUUACGUGAUAUGGCUGCAUUUUGCUGUCACACAGGGCUGAGACCAUUGGAAGAAGCUGAUGUCCCACUCUAUCCCUAGCAGGGCGCAUAGAAAGUCAUUUUUAAAGCCCUUCGGGCAAGCUGCAGCUAGCGUAUACAAGCUCAAACGUCAUUUCAACUAGCCCCAAAAGCAUUUUGAUGGGCAGAAUUGAUUUAACAGUUCUUCUUUAAUUUGAAUUCCUCUGAAAACUUCAAUUGCCUGUCGGGCUGGUUAAGAACUGAAUUCACUAACCUGAUAGCAAAAUUCAAUAGCCCCGGGCUAUCGGACACUACUUUCUUUGGACGCUGCCUAAAUGCCUAGCCAGGGUCAAAUAGGGGAAAUAUCGGCAAGCAAAGCGAGCCCGGCGGUGGCCUGGGGAGGGGGGAAAGUGGGCAGAGCCCUCCGCCGCCCUUUCCCCUCCCCAGACUACCUCUCUACCUCUCUUUUUCCCCUAAUACGGAGGCUGGUCCGAGGUUACUCUAUCCCCUCCAUUGGGGUGAUGAUAAUGGUCGAGCUGGGAGUCGAACAGUAUUUUUUGUUGCCAUUGAAGUGGGUUCGGUGUUGACUGUGUUCGCCAGUUUGCGUUAGUUUCCUUUGCCUUGCCUGCGUCCAGCAACAUUAGUCGAUUCUUGCCUUGCAGAUAAUUAUCAAGAUUUGCUAACACCCCGUUAACCUAGACAGAAGCUAAAUCCCUGCUAGUUUUUUACUUUAUUUAUCCUCACUCAGUUUUUCAAAUGUAGCCGAAUAUUUCUGUGGUUGAACUCUCUUUUAAAAGGAAGUUGACUGAGUUGUAUCAAAUUGUCAGGUUUCCACACCUGCCUUGUUUGCAAGUUGGCCAGAAGAAAGACCGUUACCUGCCGAUGGAAGUUUGCACCAUAAUUCCUUGCCAGAAGCGGCACUUAUCUGAACAACAGACAGCGAAUAUGAUCAGAAGUACAGCACGACCUGCACCUGAACGACGACAGGACAUUGAAUAUUGGGUAAGUUAUUUUUUCCUACCCCUUAUUCUUUGAGAUAAUUCCUGCGGUGUUAAUCUUUGAAAACGCUGCAUAGAUAGGUUCGGCACCUUAAGAAAGGUUUGGCCUGAAACUGGGUGUAGAACUUGAAGGGGCUGUGUCACGGCUUGGCUUGUUCAUUUUGUUUAUAAUGCCUUUCACGCGAUCUAUUCGCUAUUAAACUUGAAAAAUUACUUGUGAAUGACAAAAUGGCAGCCUUAUGUCAAACAAGUAUGUCUCCUAUUAAAGUAUAUAUUAUACAAGCAGCAAACAAUGAAUUUUGAAAAACUGUUAGGCCAACAAGUUUUCGAAAACCACAAUUUCAAUCCGCUUCAAUGUUCUCUAACUUUGUCCAUCCAUGCAUCCUUCAAAAAUCACUGCUCUAAACGUUAUUCCUUUCUUUUAGCGUUUUGAGCAGUUAUUUUUAUGUUUUCAUUCAAUUUGGUCGCGGUUCCUUUUUGAAUUUUGAUAAAUUUGGUAAAACACAGUUGCGUGUUUUCUUAUAGGCUCAAGAGUUGAUUAGAACCAGUCAGAAAUACUUGGAUAAAGAGUUUCAGACCACUGUGGACCCUGAAAUGGUGAGGGUUGACGGCCGAGUGUUACCAGCACCUAAAAUAAAUCUUGGACCACAAGAUCAAGCAUUGGUUCCUCGCGAUGGCUCAUGGGACUUGCGUGAUAAGGCUCUUCAUCAAGGAGCAGUAAUUAACACCUGGGCGAUGGCUUGUUUUGCACCUUUCCAAAGAUGUAAUGAAAAUCAGUUGAGGAACUUCUGUAGGCAGAUGGUAACUGUUUCUAGCAGAGAAGGAAUGAGGAUGACUGAUCCAGUUGAGGUCAGAUAUGCACGGAACACAGAGGUACUGUAGAUGAUUUGUGGAUGACUGCCAACAAGUUAAAGCUUAAUGAUAAAGCAGAAUUUCUCUUUCUGCACUCCCGUUUUCGUCAUUCGUUGCCCCCUCCCACGAUUUCUUUUGGCAUGGAAAACAUCAGGCCCUUUCAACAGGCUCGCAAUCUUGGCGUGAUUUUUGACGACACAAUGUCACUUACACCACAUGUUAAUACAAUAGUUAAGGGUGCCUUCUAUCACGUACGAAAUAUUUCUAAAAUAAGAAAAUACAUCAGUAAAAGUACCACAGAAAUUCUAAUUCACAGUUUUGUUAGCUCGAAGUUGGACUUUUGUAAUUCUUUUUUUUUUGGUGGCCAAAAACGGGACAUAGUUAAGUUGCAGUCCGUUCAAAAUGCGGCUGCUCGAAAAUUAUGGCCGAUCUAAAAAAAAAGAUCACAUCUCCGUAACUCUAAGAGAUCUUCACUGGCUUCCUGUUGAGGAGAGAAUAGUUUUUAAAAUAAAUUUAAUAACUUUUCAAACAUUGAAUGGCUCCGGUCCCCGUUAUCUUGAAGAUAUUUUAAAAUUUUACCAUCAAUCAAGGACAUUACGGUUAUCAAGGGAUCAUUUACGCCUUGAAGAACCAAAUUUUAACAUAAAAACUUAUGGCCAGCGAGCGUUUUCCGUUGCUGCCCCCGACUAUGGAACAAGUUCUCCUUUGAAAUUUGAGCUUGUUCUGAUGCUGAUCUUUUUAAAUCUAAGUUAAAAACGUUUCUUUUUAAAAAGGUAUAUGACAUUUAGUUUCAUCAUAUUUGUUUUUGUUUUCUUUCCUUUUUAAGAUGUGUAUGCUAUAAAUUUCCCAAUGUGAACAGUAGGGUUAUAUGUCAGCUUGUGAUUAAUGAUAUUCUUAUGUCCUUUUUUACAUUGUAAAGCGCUUAGAACAGCGAUGUAUAAGCGCUAUAUAAAUUCCAUUAUUAUUUUUAUCCUAAAGGACAUAUGUCCUUGGGUAGACUAGAAUGUUUCGGUACACGCAGCCCAAACUGUCAUUGUAAAAGUAGUGAUUUGGGUCGUGUCCUUUGGUGGUGUUGAGAUAACAGCAACAAGGACCUUUAUUUUUCCUUAAUUCUAGUCAUUUACGCAAGUGCACAGGUCCGUAGGUAGCUAGUACUAAUCUUGGCUUCCACGCAACUAAGGUGCAGAAAAUACUUUUAUACUUCUAUUUACUUUCGUAUACUAUUUUACAUAUCUUUUUAACUUUAUCGAUAUAUGAAAGAGUAUAGAUUGUUUUCACUCACGUGGCCAGCAUCUAUGCAAAUUUAUUGAAACAAAAGAAAGCGUUUGCAUAAUAAAGGAGUUCAAAUCGCAGAGGAUUGGUUCGGGACAUCAACAUGGCCGCCGUAUGAUUGUUUUGGGACACCAGUAUGGCCGCCUAGACGUCAUGUUAAAACAGUCUAUACAAAGGAGAGAAAGAAUUUACAGUUACAAAAAAUGUACAGUUUAUAAAGUUUAUGAAAAAGUGGGUAUCAGUUUAUACCUUCUUUACUGCAGAUUGUAACCAUAAGCUUCUUUUCUUUAGGUACAAAGUUUGUUCUCCAAGUGGAUGGUAGAGUACCCAGGACUCCAGCUUAUCAUGGCUGUUCUGCCUAACAAAGAUAAAGACCUUUAUGCCGAGAUCAAACGUGUCGGAGACAAUGUUUUUGGAGUUCCAACGCAGUGUGUUCAGAUGAAACUUCUUCAGCAACCUAAAGGUCAAGCCCAAGUGUGCGCUAACCUCUCACUUAAGAUUAACUCCAAAUUGGGCGGUAUCAAUCAGGUUAUUGAUCCCUCAGUACAGUCGCCUAAGCUGGGGAAAACCACUAUUGUUUUUGGUGCUGAUGUCACUCACCCUUCCCCCACUGAGAAUGGUAUUCCAUCUAUCGCUGCGGUGGUUGCGAGCAUGGAUCCUAAUGCUACCAAAUAUCAGGCUCGAGUUCGCGCUCAAACGCAUGAGAAGGGAAGUGGAGCUCAGGAAAUCAUCAACGACUUGGCAGUUAUCGUAAGAGAGCUUCUUAUUGAGUUCUACAAAGCUAAUGCCAAGUGCAAGCCUUCUAGAAUCAUUUUUUAUCGGGAUGGAGUCAGUGAAGGCCAGUUUGACCAGGUCCUUGUUCACGAAGUGCGCGCUGUCCAAGAAGCUUGCAUGAGACUUGAGAAAGAAUAUCGUCCUCGGAUCACGUUUAUUGUGGUCCAGAAGCGACACCACACGAGAUUGUUUUGUGAAAACAGCAGAGAUGAAACCAAGAACAGAGCCAGGAACGUACCUCCGGGAACAACGGUGGACAGUGGAAUAACUCAUCCCUAUGAGUUUGAUUUCUAUUUGUGCAGUCACUUUGGUAUUCAGGUACCCAUCAAUUGCCUAUGCUAGAUUAUUUUUAAUUGUUAUUGCAUAAUUGUACAGGGCUCGGGAAAAAAAAAAAUUGAAUUCCAACUUGUCCUUUGGACAAGCAGCUCUCACAUUUGGCUUGUCCAGGGCCACUUUUGCUGGUCUAAGUUAAUGAUUUUGUUGGAGGAUAGCUUGCCUGGACUCGUGCCUAUUAGGCAAGUGAUUUUCUAGUUAAAAGCCACAUGCCCAUCAAGAAAAUUUUCUUGUCCCAGACUACUGGACGGGACUUUUUUCGAGUCCUGCAUAUGGUAUUGUUUUUUUCCUGGAAUGUGUAGGGAAGGGUGGGAGCAGGGUGCCUUUUUGUUACCUCCAUUGCAUUUCUGUAAAUUACAAUCUAACCCCACUUUAUAGGCACCCCAUUAAUACGGACACUUUCUAUGGCCCCCCAUUAGUGUGUUUGACUAAAAUAUAAUUACUGCCGUGCGAGCGAGCCUGAAGCGAGCAGGCAAGGCAGCAGACCUAAUCCGCACAGGAACAAAAACUUUUCGAUUUCUACCCACGAUAUAUCUGGAUUUUUUUAACUGCAAUAAACGGAUUUUACCACAAUUCCUUGCCCUCCUAUUGUCAAAAUAAAUCGAAAUCCGGUGGCGCUGGAUAACAUCUUCAUAUCGAUCUGCACAUCCUACUCAUACGCUUUCAGUAAUUGCUAAUUAUAUAUUUUCAGCGAGUGCAUUUGCGCUUGUCAGUGAAAUUUUCUUCAGAUGAUCAUCGAAAACCUGACACGUAGAUUUAGAUUCGGUUGUUCAACAAAGCAAGUAACUUUUGUUGCCAUCUGAUCAGAAAUUUCAAGCAAUUCCCUUUAUUGCGGACACUGUAGGGACCUUGAGUUAGUUUCCUCAUUAGCGAGAGUCCGUAAUAGUGGCAGUUUAGUGUUUUAGUCAAACAUCUCUAAUAAUGAUUAUUUUUGCCUGGCAUUUAGCUCAGUGCUGUCCGUAUUAUCGGGAUGUUCGUUAUAGCGGGGUGUCCGCAAGGCGAGAGUUGACUGUAAUUGUGGCAUGUACGCUAAAUCUUUCCCUAAACAACACGGUUACAGUGGAGCAACAUCCUGCCCCCCUGAGAAACACGUAUUCACUUACUACUCUGCACAGACGUUUUAGCUAAACGUUUCAGGGCCGGUUAUUAUAAGUCUAACUGCGGACUUAAACAAUCGUUGAACUUACAUAUUUGUAUGUUAGUGGGUCACUUGAAGUAUUUAAAAAAAGUUCUUGUUGCCUGAGCUAUAAGCAUGUUGGCAAUGUCAGCAGAGCAACGUUUAGUUACUAAGCCGUGCCAAACAGUGGCUGCAGGUUGUUGUUUUGUUUAAACCGGCUUCCAGCGUUUACCGGAGGCUGAAGGGUUUGCAACAUCCUGUCUCCGUUUGUUUUAACAGGGAACAAGCCGACCAACGCAUUAUCACGUGUUGUAUGACGACAAUGAAUUCGACGCUGACAGUCUUCAACAGCUCACUUAUCAGCUGUGUCAUGUGUAUGCUCGGUGCACUAAGAGUGUGUCCAUGCCAGCCCCUGCUUAUUACGCCCAUUUAGCAGCUUUCCAUGCUCGGGUCCACGUGACCAAUGGUGGAAGUGGCAGGUAA